AUGGCGUACGUCUGUCUCUUCAAGUACGUUAUCAUCGGCGACACAGGUGUUGGUAAAUCAUGCUUAUUGCUACAGUUUACAGACAAGAGGUUUCAGCCAGUGCAUGACGUUACUGUUGGUGUCGAGUUCGGUGCUCGAAUGAUAACUGUGGAUGGGAAACAGAUAAAACUUCAGAUUUGGGAUACAGCAGGUCAGGAGUCCUUUCGUUCCAUCACAAGGUCGUAUUACAGAGGUGCAGCAGGGGCUUUACUAGUGUAUGAUAUUACAAGGAGAGACACAUUCAACCACUUGACAACCUGGUUAGAAUAUGCCCGCCAGCAUUCCAACAUGGUCAUUAUGCUUAUUGGAAAUAAAAGUGAUUUAGAAUUUAGAAGAGAAGUAAAAAAAGAAGAAGGUGAAGCUUUUGCACGAGAACAUGGACUUAUCUUCAUGGAAACUUCUGCUAAAACUGCUUCUAAUGUAGAAGAGGCAUUUAUUAAUACAGCAAAAGAAAUUUAUGAAAAAAUCCAAGAAGGAGUCUUUGACAUUAAUAAUGAGGCAAAUGGCAUUAAAAUUGGCCCUCAGCAUGCUGCUACUAACGCCACGCACGCAGGCAGUCGGGGAGGACAGCAGGCCGGGGAAAGCUGCUGUUGAGUUUGUUUUUACUGUCUCGCUGCCCAGAAGGGGCUCCUCACCUAUUCUUUCACCCUCUCCUCCUGCCCAGCUGAGACAUGAAACUCUUCCAAAUGGCUUUAUGCCACAGAAGAAGACUUUCAUCCUUCAAAUUCUUGGGUAACUUUGAAUAAAUGGUUAAUGUUCACUUAAAAAGACAGAUUUUGGAGAUUGUAUUCCUAUCUAUUUGCAUCUGAUUUCUAGGUCAAUUGACGUGAUUAUUUUUGUUAAACGUUGUCUUGUGCCCUUACCUACGAACUGAAUUGUAUUGAACACUACAAAGUCAUCUUGAGUAUUUUAAAUCGGUUCGUGUAGUUAGGUUUCCCCACACCUGUGGUUACCUAAUGUUUAA